AUCGGAAGGCGUGUAAGAUAUAAUUUAGCAGGAAGCAGCAUGGCGAACACGAUAGAAAAUAUUUUGGCAGAAAAGGGUCAGAAAUUUAAGUCUAUUGAAGUCGAGAAGGACCUAGAAUUAGAGAUUGACGAAGGCAAUCUAUUAGCCGUUGACACGAAUCCGAUAGACAUUAAAAUAUUCAGGACUAACAAAGAGAAAUUUCUCAGUGAAUUAGCCAGGGAUAAUACACAGCUCCUGUUGAACAGAAUAUGGGAGUUACCAACACACAGAAAAGAAGAUGUCAUCCUUGCAAAGCUACCAGAACCUAAGACAAUUAUACCAAGAGAAAAACCAGUCCCCAAAGAGAAGGCAGCCACCAAAUGGGAGAAAUAUGCUGCAUUGAAGGGUAUUCAGAAGUCAAAGAAGAGUAGGAUGGUGUGGGAUGAAACACAUCAGGAAUACAGACCUAGGUGGGGUUAUAAGAGAGCUAAUGAUGAUACAAAAGACUGGUUAAUAGAAGUUCCUGGUAAUGCAGAUCCAUAUGAGGAUCAGUUUGAGAAACGUCUAAAAGCCAAAAAAGAAAGAACGGCAAAGAAUGAGCUUCAAAGACUUUGUAAUAUUGCACGCAACAGUAAAGGAAAAGUGCCAGGUGUUGGUCUGACUCCUACUGAAGCGCCCUCUAAGGACCACGUCAGCAAGGCCCUUGCACUCGCAAAAUCCUCAGAUGCCUCAUUGGGAAAGUUUACAGAUAAAUUACCUAAAGAAAAAGCACCUAAAAAUAUGGGCAAAAAGAGAAAGUUUGAACCUAAUACCGGGCAGACAAAGAUUGAGAUAGGACGACAACUAGAUAUUCUAGGAAGCAUUCACAAAAAGAGACCUGCCAUAGAUGUGACAAAAGCUACCAAUAAGAUGAUUGAUGCGAAACAGCGUGGUAAAAAUCAAAAAACCAAACUUCCUAGACAAAACAAAGGCAGAAAAUCUGAAAAGAAGACUGCAAAAAGUACUAAAAAACGAGGAGGUGGAGGAAUGGGAGGAUCAGGGGGGAAGCCAGCUGGACGCAAACCAAUGGGAAAACGAAAAUGAGAUCUCUAAAAAAACAUUUGAAUUAUCAUCAAAUCUUCCUCAAAAUUUUCUACAUCAGAUAUUUGCAUUCAGAAAUAUUAUAACCAUAUUUGGUAACUGAUGCUGGUGUGUCUCAUUUACUUCGGGAUUUGAAGUUGCACUAACCACAAUUUUAAAAUAUUUUGUUUAGCGAUGAAUUUACAUAAAAGUGUAGUUUGGGUUAUGAAUGGAAUAAAAUGCAGUAAAAUAUUA